UAUUGUUAUUAAUAAAUAAAAAUAACAAUAUCACCUUUGUGAGAUUCGGGAUCGCGAACAUGGAAAUGGAUAAACAGAACAAUUUAAAUAUACCACUGAUUUUAAAACACUGCUUUCAAAGUAUUAAGCAAGUGGAUGGAAGUGAUGUGAAUGUAUCUGCAAUAUGCAAUGUAUGUUCGAAAACGAUAAAGGGUAGUGUUACUUCUACUACCAAUUUCCUGAAGCAUUUAAAGAUUAAAGGCCACUCAGAUCUGUUGCAAGAUUAUGAAAAUGUUAAAAUUACAACUCUUAAAAAAAGAAAACUUACUGAUAAUAGUAGCAGUGAUGCAAGUGGUUCAGAAUCAACAUGUAAAAAAAUGAAGCAGUCUACACUUACAGAUGUUACAAGUGGUUCAAGAUCUAUUAAUUUGGACAAGUUGAUCAUACAUUUUAUUGUUGACACCAUGUCUCCAGUAUCAAUAGUGGAGAACAAGUCUUUUAAAGCUUUGAUUGAAGGUUCACAGCAACUAACUAAGCCUCCAAAGGUUAUGUGCCGUACUACAGCUAAGAAUAAAAUUAGUAAUGAGUACAAUGAAUUUAAGAAAAACCUUAUGCUAGAGUUGGACAAAGUGGAAUUUGUGUGCAGUACAGCUGAUAUUUGGUCUUCAUCUAAAAGAAGUUACUUGGGGGUUACAGUACAUUGGAUUGAAAGUGAGACUUUUGAAAGAAGAAGUGCUGCAAUUGCUUGCAGAAGAUUCAAAGGGGUUCACACAUAUGAUAAAGUUGCUGAAAUGAUAGCUGAUAUACAUUCAGACUAUAAUUUGAAAAUAUCAAAAAUUGUUAAAACAGUUACAGACAAUGGCUCAAAUAUGGUAAAGGCUUUUGAGGUAUUUAGAAAGUCUGAUUCAGAGGUAGUUGAAAAUGAACAUGUUUCACCAGCAUUUGAAGAUCUUGAAAAAUCAUCACUCGACGAAGUUAGUGAAGAUGAUGAUUCACUUCUAGUACCACAAGCUUUUCCAGAUGCUUCAUCAGACUCGGAAGGCGAUUGCCUUCUGCCCGGACAUGAAAGAUGUGCUACACACACUUUACACCUGAUUGCUAGUACUGAUUUCAAGCAAGCAAGAACCAAAAAUACAUUUUACAAGAAAUUACAUGACACAGCCUUAUCAAAGUGCCAAGCACUGUGGAACUUGUGUGCUAGAUCCCCUAAAGCAUGCGAGACAUAUUUACAAAUAACAGGCAAGUCACCAACUUCCCCAUGCGCCACCCGAUGGAACUCCUACUAUAAUUCAAUACAAGAUCUUUUAGCAGUGCAGAACCAUCUUAGUGAAGCCAUGAAAAUGUUAAAGUUACCACCGCUGAAAGAAAAUGAAAUUCACUUUUUAAGUGAAUAUGUGGACUGUUCCAAGCCAAUAGCAGAAGCUAUUCAAAGUCUGCAAGGGGAAAAAGACUCUUACUAUGGUUGUCUGUUACCGGAAUUAUACAGAAUCCAACAUCUUACCAAAAGUCUCAGGAUGGAAAAUCUGAAAUACUGCAGCCCUUUGCUAGAUGUAAUAGAAGAAAACUUAUGUAGACGUUUUAAACGGUUUUUGCAGUUGGAACCAGCAGCAAAUGAUGCUAUAUUGGCCUCAGUGUCCCAUCCUAUGUUUAAGCUGAAAUGGGUACCAAAAGCGCAAUAGGAAUAUGUAAAAGAACU